AUGGCUAGCGAGCGGAGAGACUGCGCAUCGCGCCAUGUUGGCAGCGGCGGCAGCAUGUACGAAAGCGAGCACUUCAACCUCGGUGCAGCAUCGAACCUGCAGCUCGGUGGCCAAAGCAGCAUUGCAAGAGGCGGCCCACGUUCCCUCGACUUCAUCACGCCCACGGCGCCAGCAGCGAGUGGCUGGGAGGAGGAGGAAGGGGUCUUCGUCGCGCUGCCGGCGGGACGAAAGCUGCAGGUGGACAUCCUCAGCACUUGGGGCGAUCCUUAUUACGUCGGGCUGGCCGCCAUCGAGGCAUUCGACAGCGCAGGGCUGCCGGUUGACCUAUCCGCAGGUCGGAUUUGGGCCUCGCCCGCCGACAUCAACGUCCUCCCAGAAUGUUCGGACGACCCGCGAGUUGUGUCCAACUUGACCGAUGGAGUCUGUGCCACCUGCAACGACAACCACCUGUGGCUGGCUCCAUACACCGCUGGCGAGCGCAACCUCUUGGGGAUUGAGCUUCCCGCGCCCUGCCGGCUCUCGCUCGUGAGAGUCUGGAACUACAAUAAAUCGAGAAUCCACUCAUACCGAGGUGCGCGUCGAAUUGAGCUGCGGCUCGACGGCGCGCUCAUCUUUCGCGGCGAGAUCAACAAGGCUUGCGGGAACGUGGUGGACGCCUUUGCGUGCGCCGAAAGCAUCUUGUUCACGCUCGAGCCGCAAACGCUCACCGCCAUCGAGGCGCACGACCUAUGCUGCCACUCGCCUGAGCACGACUCUGACGCCUUCCGUACGGAGCGGCCGCACACGCCCGGCGCAGAGGCCGGCGCUCUAGAGUGCCGGCCCCGCGUCAUUCCGAGCGAAGUCACGGCCGUCGCUGCACGGCCUGCGACCUCGGCUGGCCAGCGCGAGCCUGCGCCGCGGGCAGCCGGGUUCAUGCCGUCUCUGCCCCCGAUGCAAGAUUACGAGGUGCGGCUCCAUCCACACGGAAAGCAGCUGGUUUUGCUCUGCGAGUCCACCUGGGGCGACCCGCAUUAUUUGGGUCUAAACGGGCUCGAGCUCCUAUCGCCAGAGGGAACAACCAUCGAUCUCCAACGAGCUGCGAUCACCGCCGAUCCUAUCGGUGUCAUCGCUCUUCCAGGGAUGCACGGGGACACACGGACCGUGGACAAGCUGCUGCUGGGCGGAGACUGCGCGUGGGGGUGGCUCGCGCCGUACAGUCUUGGCGCGAGCGCUUCGGUUACUCUCAGAGGAGAGGCGCCUCAAUUGCUGGGGAUGCCAGCGGCGCCUGCCAGGCGCCUGCUGGGCCGCGUGGGCGAGAACGCGGUGUCGCGUCGUAACAACGGGCAGGCCCUUCGGUACGGCGCGGACCGCUAUUACGAGGUCGCGUUCAGUAUGCCCAAUGGCGACGUUCUCUUCCGGUGCUUCAUUGAGAGCGGGUCGACCAAUGACCCCGAGACGGCCCAGACAGCCGAGCUCUUGUGGUGCUACAACGGGGAGGACCUCGCUGCCUACAAGGACGAAGCUCCAGCGCCGCCACCACUAGAGGCGACCUCGGACGACGACGCGCUGGCCGAGGGCGCCGCCUUUGCCCUUGGCGACCGCGUCGAUGCCCGAUAUCAAAAAAAGGCGCGCUGGUUCCCAGGCUACGUGACGAAGGUCGUGCAGACGAAGAGGGGAACGACCGGCUUCCGUGUCCACUUUGACGACGGCGACACCGACGUGCUGCCGGCCGGCUUCAUCCGCCAGCGGGUCGACAUCGUCUCUCUGCUUGGGACGGAGCUCGCGGCGCGCAUGCAGCAGGAUCCAAAGGUGGUGGUGCUCACAAACUGCGCAGAGGCGCACGACGCGGAGGCGGUCAUGGGGAUCGCGGCGGUCGGGCUGGGAUGCGAGUGGGAGGUCGCGGGCACGCUCAUCUUCGAGUUCAACGACAAGGCGCCGCCGCAGGCGGUCAGGCCGCUCUCGUUCACGCCUUGGGGGGAGGAUGCGUCGCUUGCUUCGAUCAUGCCCGAGUCGCUGAACGACAUGCCCACCACCGAGUUGCUCCCGCCGUCGCUCUUCCCGCGGCCAGCCUCGAGCCACCGGCGCUGCCCGCCCGCCUUGCCCGUUGUCCCCCUCACCGCCGGGCCGGUCUUGCGCGGCGCGGCGCUCAUGUUCCAGGCCGACGAUGCGCUGGUUCGGUUCCUCUCGUACAUGGACGGCGACGGCAGCAUCAAGUACAUGUUCGGCAAGGACUUCUCGGGCGACGAGAUCCACGGCUUCCGCGUGCUCGAGCAGGGUUCCGACGAGCUCAGGCUCUGCACCACCGACCCCGAGAGCAAGGACCUGCUGCAGCGACCUCUCAACCAGCGCCCGUUUCUCAACUUGACGGGCGCACUCGUGCCGACCGACAUCGGCGUCAAGAUCAACACGGCGACCGUCACCCACGAGGGCGUGAUCUCGUGCGCCUCGUGCGCGUUCAUGAUUAUGUGCGCCGUCGGCACCGCUCGCGUCCGCUUUUUCGACUGCUGCUUGCUGCAGGGUCACAUAGUCGCCACUCGCGACCUGUCGAUCAAGGAGUCGCGCAAGGUCGAGAUCGACUUCGUGAUUCCCGAGCUGCACCGCCUCGCCGUCCUGCAAAGGGCGCAUCAAGAUAUGCUGGCAGCCUUCAUCGACCGCGUCGACAAGGUCUCGGCGCUCGACCCAAUGGUGCUGCACUUGAAGAACUGGCCGCCCGAGAAUGUGAUGGCGUUGCCAUGCUGGCCCGACAUGUACCAGCGCUCGGGGAAGGGGGCGGGCAUGUCGGACACGGACCGCAUCAUCUACCGUGCCUCGAUCAAGAGCUCCGAGGACGUGCAGAGCUUCCUUGGUUUCCUCGCCGUGGAGCUGCCGUCGACAGCCAAGGUCACGCAUCGCUUUGCCCUGGUCUCCCCCACCCCUCUCUCAGCAGCAGACGAGAGCCAGCUGCGCGCAAAGGACGAGCUGGGUGCCACAGGAGGGUGCGGCAGCCGCUCGGCGCACUGCAUCGACUACGAGCCAGCGGCGCGCUUGCUGACGGUGCGUGUCGGCGUCGCCACGUUCAACGGCUCGAUGCCGGUGGACGGCGCCUCGGUGGGUGCUCCGCCUCCCUCCAUCCCCGACCCCAAAUACGUCCUCGGCCUGGGCUGGGUGGCGAGCUCAACUCCCGUGCCCUCGCCAGCUGAGCUCCACGGUCAGUCGGCCACACUCGAGGAGUAUCCCCUUUGA